AUGGCUGUUACGCCCAACUUUCGGUGUCCCCUUACUGAACUCCGCACAUACACCUUGGGGCAUCAAUCGUCAUCUUUCCGAGCUACGUACGCAGAUUAUGUCGUAUAUGAACAGCUACGCCAUGAGUUUAUGAAUCGGCCCCGAGCGAGGGCUGCGUUCCUGCAGGGUGGACUCGUAUGGCGGCUGGCUGUACACAGCAUGGGUUUUCACCAUCUUCCAUCUGUCCUUGAUGGUAUCUCGACCGAGGCCGUUCCAUUUGGCGACCUGUUAGUGGGGAACGGGUCGACUUACUACAAUGAUGGAUUGCAGGAUGAAGAAAUCGAUUUUCUCACGGCUCAUCGGAUGUGGUCUCCUGGUGGCCCCUGGCCCAAUGCUUGGGAUGCCUCAGGCUUGAAUGUCGGUUUUUGGUCUCCUCGUUGCGAAGAUUGGUUCCAACGACGUCUUGACAACAUCCGAGAAGGGGUUUCCUGCACUGCGACAUUCAUGCACCAGCGAUGCCAAUGGUCCAAUGACCACUACACAAUGGAAGCGCUCGCUUAA